CCGAACGAUGCUGUUUAUUAUUAAUCAUAUUACAUCAUCAUCAUAAUAUCAACGGUCCUUCGAGUGCUAUACCAAACACUGGUCCUUCGAGCCGGAUUGGAUCAGAUCGCACCGAAUUACAAAUCGGUAAUCAUUAUUCUCAUUAACUGGAAGCGACGUCAGCGGUAGGCAGCGUCCCUGCGAAAAGGGUCACCACCAUAUUGCACCUAGUUGGAAAACGGUUUCAUCAAUAGGCAGCAUCACACGUGGUUCUCCCUCAAUAAAACCAAUACGACUACUAGCCAGGAACCUAUCCUAUGUAUUGCGCCCGAAAGUGGAGAGGGAACUGGAUAGGUUGCUUAAACAAGGUGUUCUAAAACCGAUUGAAAAUCCGGAAUGGACCACCCCGAUGUGCCAGUGAUUAAGACAGACGGGAGUGUACGUUUGUGCGCGGACUAUAAAUGUACAAUUAACAGGGCAAAACUCAGGCGACUAUCACGCACAAAGGGACGUUUAGCGUAAGUAGACUACAGUUCGGGGUGAAUGUGGCACCACAAGUAUUCCAGCGCUUCAUAAAUAACAGACUGGCUGGGAUUUCGGGCGUGUUCCCUUACUUCGACGAUAUCACACCCGCGAUGAACUCUUACAAAGACUAUCAACAGUGUUAGCGCGUUUUGCAAUGGACGGAUUGAAACUGAAAAAAGACAAAUGUGUAUUUCUCGCGGAAACGAUAGACUUUUUAGGUUAUACAAUAGAUCAGACCUAAGGACGAAAAGGUACCAACAAUCAAGGCGACCCCAGAACCCAAGAACAAACAAGAAUUGCAGUCAUUUUUGGGACUCUUAAACUUUUACCACAGUUCCCUCAACAAGAAAGCAAACGUGGCGGAACCGCUGCACCGAUUACUUGAAAAGAACGCAAAGUGCUCGUGGACACGCCAAGUGGCGUUCCAAAAUCUGAAGAACUUACUCGCAUCAGACGCACUGGGGUAUCGGCUGCGUCAUGAGCCACGUACUACAGGAUGGAUCUCAAACCCCAAUUGCGUUCCAUUCCAAAACCCUGAGCGCCGCUGAGAGAAAAUAUUCACAUGUGGAAAGAGAAGCAUACGCAAUUGUAUCUGGGAUUGUAACGGACUACAUGCCACUGCUGGGAAUCCUCGGAGAACAGAAGCCAAUCCUAGAGAUAACCUAUUCUUCCUCAGGGAAGAAUAUUAGCCAUGCGGAUGCUCUCAGUAGACUCCCAGCUGUUCAGACUCCAACCGAGGCAAUCCGUUUCAUUGUCGGGAAAGCCGACAAAAUAGGACAGCUACAGCUGAAGACCCGAAGAGCGAAGCACCAAAACCGGGUUGCAAACCACGAACAAAUCCCUGCAAGUCCGCCAAGAGCCGAGACCCUAGAACCAACGAGCGAGUCUGGGAGGAGGGUUCACACCUUGGGUCGUGGGUUCGAUUCCUGCCCGGCUCUGGGUGUUGUGUAUGUCCCCCGUUCCCCUGUAAUUGGGCCACCGGCCUGUAGGGGAACGUAAUCAAAUAAAAUAAAAAAUAAAAUAACAUCGAGGAAUUGUGGGUUGCAUAGCAUAUUCAUUUAUUAUUAGGUUAGAAAAUAAAACAC